AAAAAAAGACUGCUGCUUUCUGCUUGAUCCGCCCAACCAGGCAUCCGUUCCAUCUAAUCUUUUUUCUGCCAUAUCCUUUCUCUCCAUUGCACAUCCAAGCAGACAUGCUUUCGAUCAAGAGACAGGCUAUUCUGGGCGCCGCCCGCAUGAUCCGCCCGCACCUGCUCGCCGGCCUCGCCAGCGCCUCGGUUCGCCACGCGCACAACAAGAUCUACCCGUCAGCUGACGCCGCCAUCGAGGGGAUCAAGUCUGGCGACACAUUGCUGAUCGGCGGCUUCGGUCUAUGCGGCAUCCCCGAGAACCUGCUCAAGGCCCUGGCGCGCCGCAAGGAUAUCCAGCAGGUCACCGCAGUUUCAAACAACGCCGGCACAUCAGACUACGGCCUUGGCACACUCCUGCAGAGCCGCCAGAUUAAGCGCAUGGUGUCGAGUUAUGUUGGCGAGAACAAGGAGUUUGCGCGGCAGUAUCUGGGCGGUGAGCUUGAGGUUGAGCUUGUGCCCCAGGGUACACUUGCUGAGAGGAUCCGGUCCUGGCGGCGCUGGCGUGCCUGCCUUCUACACACUGACCGGCGUUGGAACUGGUUACUUGAUGGAGGAGGGGAUGACCGGCGACUUUGCGCUGAUCAAGGCCUGGAAGGCCGACGAGGAAGGCAAUCUGAUCACCAUUGCCGAGGUCGAGGAGAUCGUGCCGACGGGCACCCUGAAGCCCAACGACAUCCAUAUCCCUGGAAUCCACGACGGCAUGUACGUCAACCUCGGUAUCGGCAUGCCUGUGCUGGCCAGCAACUACAUCCGCCCUGGCAUUACUGUGCAUCUGCAGAGCGAGAACGGCAUUUUGGGCAUGGGUCCGUUCCCUACCCCGAGGAGGUCGAUGCUGAUCUUGUCAAUGCGGGCAAGGAGUCCAUCACCGUACUGCCCGGUGGCUCGUGCUUCUCCAGCGAUGUGUCCUUUGGCAUGAUCCGCGGCAACCGUCUGGCCAUGACCAUCCUCGGUGGCAUGCAGGUGUCGCAGACCGGCGAUCUGUCCAACUGGGUCGUUCCCGGAAAGGUCAUCAAGGGAAUGGGUGGUGCCAUGGAUCUUGUUGCUGCGCCCGAGUCGCGUGUUGUUGUCACCAUGACUCACAAUGCCAAGGAUGGUUCGCCAAAGAUCCUAAAGGAGAACACGCUGCCGCUGACCGGUGUGAACUGCGUCGACCGCAUCAUCACGGACAAGGCUGUCUUUGAUGUGAAGAAGGGACAGGGUCUGGUCCUGCGGGAGCUCUCGUAUGGCGUGACUCUCGAUGAGGUCAAGGCCUCCACCGGCUGCGACUUUGAGGUCGCGUCUGAUCUGGCGGAGACUUUCUAAAUGCGUCAAUUAUC